AUGAAUUUCAUAAAGUAACUUUCAUACGUACCUUUUUUAUAUGGGACUGGAUAUCUGCCAUUAGUGCAUAGUUCUGCACCAUGUCCAUGAAUUCGUCCACACUCACGGUGGUGCACCUGUUAUUGCGUCCAUUUAUAUGGACAUAGGUUACACCCCUAUAUACUGACAACUGGACAUAUUGUCCAUUUCCGAAGAAAUGUCUCGAUGCCAUCAUUAUUUUCAAAAAAUAAAAUCUCUUGAGAUGGUCAAGCGAUUGUGAGGAGAAUAGGGUUGUAGUCUCUUUUAUAGUGCGGGGGAUCUGGAAAACGAUUGGUUUGGAUAGAAUAAUAAAAUUUUGGUAAUAUUCCACUACUUCUCCUGAUAUUACAGGAGAAGUAGUGGAAUUUCUAAUUUACAUAUUGCGUAACGGUAAAAAUUUGCAUAGAGAUGACGCUACUUUAAUCCCUAUUAUGAUAGUUGUUUACAUUGAAACCAAUUUGAUAUGUAGGUGUUUUUCCUUUAAACGGUCAUAUUAAUACGUAGAAAGCGAAUAACAAGAAAUACAAAAUCUGAAAGAUAUCGAAAUGUUACUUUUUUUUUUUUGGUGCUUGUGUGUUAUAUAUUUCGUCUUCGUGGGGCAGUGAAAUGUGCUUUACCGUCAACCAAGGUCAAAUGCUGACACAAUGGUGUUACCCAAUUAAAUCGAGGGGUCGAAGAAGUUUCUUCAAGAUUUCCGGUAACGGUAAAAUUUGUAUAGAGAUGACGCUACUUAAUGUCAAAACCGGUACAUAAGUAUUUAAACUCUGUAUUAUACUACACAGAAUAUUUAUAAAAGAGGUAAAGGAGGGGUGUUGUGGUCAAUAAAUCACUUAAUCAUAUUACGAUCCGGACCAACAAAAUCAGUGGACGCGUGUAACAUGGAUCGAUUUGACAAGAGGGGGAUUAACACUGGGUGGCUGAAACUGGGAAAACUAAAACUAUUCACAAAGAUGUUUAUCACCUAUACUAAAAAUGUGUAUGUAAAUGGGAAAGACACUUCUCAAUAAUUGCUUCCUUAAUUAAUUGUCGAUUAUGAUACAUAAUUUUUGACAACAGCAUCCCUACUCACCCUUUAACUUUAUGUCCAGCGGGGUCAGAUUUGUUACGUAAUGGUGCUGACCGAAAUAAACAUGUGUUCAAAAUAAAUGGUUGUCACGUGUUCGGAUGGUGAUAAACGGGGCAUGGGUGAGGUGCUGAGGUAAAAUUCAUACUAAUGGUACUGUUCGCUGUAAACAUUGAUCACGUGAAGAUGAGGUGAAAUGUCACACGAGGUCACUAACCCCAGAGAUGCUGAGGUCAAAUUCUUACAUAAUGGUACUGUUCGCUGUGAACAUUGAUCACGUGAUGCUGAGGUCAAAUACUUGGUAACUGGACCCAUCUUCAUCCUACGUCGAUGUUUCAGUGUACAUUCUUCACGAUGACGCUGUUAAUUCUGCUCGUACUUCUUCCACUGGUUGAAACAAGUAACUUUCCUAAAAGUUGUCAUGUAAAAAACGGAGUAAUUGAUUGUAGCGGUGUAUCCAUGCGGGAUGUGCAAGUUGAGAAAGACAGGAUAUUCCACCAAAUCCGUAGGCUGUACUUCAAGGAUGUGUUGCAUUUCUAUCUCACCUGCAGCCAGUUUCCAAAUGUUGACUUUUUAAGGAUAGAACACACGCCUUUACCUUGUGACCAUUUUCGACUGUGCGGAGGAGUCAAUAUUGUGUUGAAUAGGAUAGUGUGUGAUCGGGAUGCUACUACCACAAUGUUUCCAACUUCCGGUGAAACUUCUCCGACCACCACCUUACGGACCACAAUGUCUCCAGCUUCCGGUGAAACUUCUCCGACCACCACCUUACGGACCACAAUGUCUCCAGCUUCCGGUGAAACUUCUCCGACCACCACCUUACGGACCACAAUGUUUCCAACUUCCGGUGAAACUUCUCCGACCACCACCUUACGGACCACCUCAUCCAACACACCUGCUUCCAUAUUUGGAGAAGCAUGGAAAACCGCAUUCAUUGUAACGAUUUCCUUUGCGGCUCCAACACUUUUGAUUCUCUGCAUGAUCAUGAUUUUGAGGAAAUAUAAGAAAAACAAUAAAGACGGGUCCACAAUAGGAUUGCAAAUGAACAGUUUACCAAGAUUUACAAUUGACGAUGAAUCGGUGUGUGAAUUAAAACUAGACUAAUUUUUUCGCAGUCAUGCUGCUGAUGGUUAUGCUUGGUGGGAUAAUGUUCUGUAUGCCAAUAGUUGAUGCUAUGGCCAGAGAUGUGCGCGAACAUUUUCACAGAUUCUCGUAUUACCGUGACCCACGACGUCGAUCCACAAGGAUUCGGAGACCGCCCUCACGUUAUGGAUUCGAGUAGAAAACAAUCUUGUAGAAGUGUUAGAAAAAUCUUAUGUAUAUUUUUAAUUAUUUAAAUAUAAUUGUUGAAGUUUGUAUACGGGUUAGAAUUUACAUAUCAUAAAAAAUAUAUUUGAAAGUGUGAGUGAAGAAUCAUAUGUAUAUUUUUAAUUACUUAAAUGUAAUUGUUGAAGUUUGUAUACGGGUUAGAAUUUACAUAUCAUAAAAAAUAUAUUUGAAAGUGUGAGUGAAGAAUCAUAUGUAUAUUUUUAAUUACUUAAAUGUAAUUGUUGAAGUUUGUAUAGUGGUUAGAAUGAAUAAAAUUGUUGAAGUUUAUACGAUGUGUUUAUCGUUUAUUGAAUAAAAGUUUUUGAUCCUGGGUUAAAUUGUGUGAUCGAUAAUUCUAGAAAGGAACUGUACAACUUAAUCACCUGGACCUUUAAAGGAUAUAGAAUUACAUGGUAUUAAAAC